AUGAAUGUUUCCAAUAAAUACGCUAGCGCCUAUUGGAAUCAAGAACUCAUGGGGGAUCUAGGUUCACCUGAGCUUGCCGGAGCAGACACCUCUUCUUCAAUCUCAAUCUCGUUGUCCAUCUUCCCUUUACAGCACAUCUUCAGCACGUGGAGUCUUCCUUUCGCUACCGACCUCGUCAUUCCUCUGACAGAUCAGCAAAUAUCAUUGUCACCAAGGGCUUCUACCAUGACUACCAAGUCAAUAUCUCCCGAUGCGGACGCAAAUGUUGCUCCUAAAUUUGGACUGGAGCUUGGGAUUGGCAUGGUCGACAUUCUCGUUGGGCCUGAACAAAAGGCUUUCCGAGUCCACAAGCACCUGCUAUGUACUAAGGUCCCCUACUUUCAUAAGAUGUUCAACGGCGGAUUCAAAGAAGCUUCGGAUUAG